AUGGCACACAGAUGCGAUGCACUCGAUAACAUCGCAACAAGACGCGAGCCGUACAUCAACCAGUUGACUUACCAUGUGAUCCCGCUCUGUGCAGUUUUCCUCCUCUGCUUCUCUGUCGGCGGAGUCAUGGUAUGCUCCCUCGGUUAUGGCAAGCCCGUUCCUCGAGACGCAGUGGUAGUUGUGUCCAUCCUAUUCGGCAUUAUGUCUUUCUUCUGGCUUAUCUGUCGACUUGUUCUUUACCAGCGGGACCUGAAAGCUAUGCAUGAAUGUCAUGAUAUCGAAAAGGGGGUCGAAAAGGGGGUCGGGAAUGAGCCACAGAGGGUGCUGGCACCUCGGGGAUAUAAUAGUGGGAAUUAUCAAGACAACAAUCAGAACCAUCAACAAUUGCAAUAUCAACAAUACCACCAUCCUCAAAAUGCGGCCCUUCAUGAGCUUGGUGACGGAACGCACCAACGAGCGAUUCAACACAAUGGUGGCUACCCGCAGCGUCAGCGAAAGCAACAGGACAACAUGCAGGAAACAUCGUCAAAACCGACUCAGCACGAUGGUGCUGAUCCUCAACCUCAGCAGCUUCGGCAGUUUACUAUUAUCAGGGGUAACGCGCAUGAACACUUACAAGGUCUGACACAGCCUGAUAGCGACUGUCAGCAACAAGGACCUGCUGAGAUGUCUGCAAUCCAAAAUUCAACCAAACCAAGCCCCGUAGGUUGGCGGCAACAGAAUCAAGGCGAUGGCGACCUCAAUCCUGGACCAACAUUGACCGUUCAUCGACCGGGAGCCCCAUCACAGGCCGACUUCGCACCGCCUCUUGCUAAAAGUACACCAAUCAGACGGAAGUCAGUACCUAAACAGCAAGCGAGGGAUAACCAGAACAACAGACGUCGCCGCGUAAAUAAGUACAACGACAGAGGCAGCCUCCCGUACCAAGAUCAAAAGCUGAGACGCGGUGGUCCCGAAUUUGACAGAUAUGCUGAAGCCGAGCAAUCCUCAUCAAAAUCAGAACACCAGAUCCCCUCCGAAGGGAAAGCAACAAUCACAUCGAAAGACUCUAGUGGCUACGAAUUCCAUCCAGAGAUCCAAGAUGAGCUGUUCGUUGCUACGGCCGUUCCAAGCGACUAUUCUGAAUGCAAGUGCCCAGGAAAUAGCAACCUGUGGGAUCUGAUCGACGAGACAGAGGAGAAGUUGUUGCACGGAACAUACAUGGUGCAGCAUCAUAAUGCCAUCCAGAAGAUUGAUGCACAGUCUACACACCCUGGAACACAGAUAAAAGCUGCUACAGAAGCCAAUAGCAAGACCUCGCAAGCACAGAAAGAUGCACACACGACGCCGUUCCAGAUCCGUCCCCUGAACCUCACCAAAAAUCCCCAGCACAGCGACAAAGCCAAGAAGAGCCAGAACGCCCCGCCGGAGAAACAGAACAGUCUACCUCCCCAACUUGACCUUGAAGUACCCCUCGACAGCCCCAUCCAGCUUCCAGGCACUCCGUCGCCUUGCAAACUUCCCGAUACCGAUCAAGUUGCCAAACAACUGAAUGCCUAUGUAGCAAGUGCAUCGGCCACCCGUUCCGGUCGAGGUAGGUGGCAUCUCACCAGGAAAAGAUUGGCUGUUCCCCAGAGCGCCGCGGAAAAGCUGGUACCGGAGAAGGCAAACACAAACGGCAAGGCGUUCGUGGUCGCGGUCAUGGGAUCAAAACACAGCCAUGAACUUACAGCUCUUUCAAAGACCAGCAGUGAGAGUAAUUUCAGCGCGGCAAGAAACAGACGGAACUCAAGUUCUUUAUAUGAUUCCGUCGUCAGUCAGCUGAGCAGUAGUUCCUCAGACAAGGAGUCAAUUUCUAGUGCAACCACCGUAUUCUCGGAUGAAAGACGGGAUUUGGAACAAUGGGACAUCGAGCGAAACUUGAAAAGGGGUUUAGGACUCGGUUUGAUGGGUCACGCAUGA